AUGACCCACCUAGCAUAUACCUACGACAACACCCCUGGAGCUCUUCAUCUCCCUCACAAUGAUCCUUCAGCGUCUAAACCGGUAUCUAAAGAAGACCUCGCUGCGUUGAACAUCCACGUUAUCCAAAUCCCACACUCGGAUGGGUCGGAUGUGGAAGCGAAGUUGAAAGCUGUAGCGGGGGAGAGGGGGUUUGAGAAUGUGGAUGUUGAGGUUUUGGAUCUUUCUGUUGGUGGUGUUGGGGGUAAAGCAGAGUUUGAGAAAAAACGAAAGGAAACGGAGGGACAUGAAUACGUGCUAUCCGAAGAAACCAUCAAUGUUGUUUUACAAGGUAAAGCGUACGCUGAUUUCCGUGACAAAUCCAACGGAUGGAUCCGAAUCCCACUCGUGCCCGGAUACAUCUACAUCUGGCCACCGGGUGCGGCUAGACGAGCGGUUCAUGUGGAUGAUAGUGAGUUUAGAGUGAUGAGGGUUGUAAAGGGAGAACCAGGAUGGCGGGGGAUUGAGCGAUCUAAGGCUGAGGCGGAGAAACAUCCUGCUAGGAUGGCUUAUGUCCAGAGUGUGGGUGCUUAG